AUGAGCCAACAGAAUCGUUGGAACGAGGCCGCCGUCGCCGUCGCUGGCUUAGCUGAUACCCUUGUGAAAUACGACAGUGAUGGAAUCGAUGUCUAUUUUAUGAAUUCCGACGAACAUCUUUGUAACGCCACCUCGGCCGCCGAGGUCACUCAAUUAUUUCGAACAGUCCAGCCUGUGGGACAGAAAGAAGCUAGAGCUACAAAUAGGGCGCCAAUCAAGCCGUUGAACCUGAUCGUGAUCACCAAUGGAGAGGGGGAUGAUCCAGACACCCUGGCACACGCCUUGGCGGGCUUCUCCGACCGUCUCGAUCUUGGCCGGUUCCCACUUACCCAACUCGGCGUCCAAUUCGUUCAGAUCGGCGACGAACGUGAUGCUACUAGAUUCUUGCAAGCUCUUGACAAUGAGUUGAAGUCUGAGUUAGGUGGUCGAAGAGAUAUCAUCACUGGGCCAGUUUUUGGCACGUAG